AUGACGGAAAGCGAAGAACAGACACCAUCGUCAUGUCCCGUCACCAUCACUUCAAGUGAAAAGGAUAGGAUGGAAGCAGGUGAAAGUCGGAGAGUAACUGAGGAUGAAAGUAUAUCAUCUGAAAUGUCACAAAGGACUGAUAAUUCACUUGUAAAGGACACAACAGAGACAUCAACUCUUGCCAACCCUCCAAGCCAGACAGAGGAAUCCAACAGGAUCCACAAAGCAGCAAACGAUGAAACGACUACGGCUUUUGCAUCCGAAAACGCUAGCAAGGAGCUUGGACUUGAAAAUCCAAUCAUCAAUUUUUAUAAAAAUAAGAAUAUAUUAAUUACAGGAGUUACUGGAUUUAUUGGUAAAGCCAUUCUAUGGAAACUGCUUGACACACUCCGUGACGAUAUCGGCACUAUUUUCCUUCUGAUUCGGAGUGGGAAUGUGAAGCGAAGUAAAUUAGGACGGCCAGCCGACAGAUUAAAAAGUGAAGUGAUCAACAAUAAGGCUUUCCAAAUAUUAAGGCAAACCCUAGGGAAGGAAACGUUCGAUAUCAUUGUCAAAAAUAAAUUAGUCCCUGUUUCAGGCGACCUGAUUUCCCCUGAUUUAUCCAUACCCAACGCAGAUAAAGGGAAUAUCAUUGAAAAUGUCCAGAUUGUCAUACACUGUGCAGCCACACUACACUUUACGGAACGUUUGGAUUUGAGCUUGGAGACAAACACGUUAGGUACCUUACGGAUGAUGGAUUUGGCGGAUGAAUGUAAAAGAAUGGAAAGCUUUAUCCAUUUGUCACCGGCUUAUUUGGAUUCGCACCUCCCUGAUGGGCAUAUUCAAGAGAGAGUGUAUCCUAUGCCCUUGGGCGAUCCCGAAGAAUUGCUGUCGCAGAUUAUUGAUUUAGAACUGCAAGAUAUACCGAAAAUGACGGAGCGCAUAUUAGCUCACUACCCAAACACUUAUACUUUCACCAAAUCACUGACAGAGCACUUGAUAUUGAAGAGAGUGGACCUUAACAGAAUAGAAGAGGUUCAAGGCGGUAAAGUACAGUGGCCUAUCGCCAUUGUCCGCGCUACUCAAGUAGGCGCUGGAGCAUUUGAACCUUUACCAGGCUGGUUAGAUGGCAUCACCGGCGCGAAUGGUACCGUUUUUUUAAUGAGUAGAGGCAUCCCAGCGCUACGUCCGGGCAUGCAUCAUUCCCUCGCGGAUAUAGUACCGAUAGAUUACGCCGUUCGCAUUAUCCUCAGUGUAGGCGCCUUCAUGCCGUCUCCAGGCUGCCACUUCAUCUUGCCCUAUAACGAACGCGUGAAGGAAGACGAACCACCCAAAGUAGCUUCCAACGUUACUUAUUUUCCUUAUUUCUAUCAAAUAUCAGCUUGUGGCAUCGAUGAGACAACUUGGUAUCAUAUAUACGAUUCAGUACGUUUCUACUGGCUUCGGAACGCGUCCUUAUCAGCUUCAUUCGGCGACAGCAGUGCUGCUGUCGCUGCUGCUGCUACGGCUGCUAUUUCUCUUCCUCCAACGGAAAGCUAUUUCGCUGCGAAUCGAACAGUGAUCAAACCAAAAAUUUUCAGCAAGUAUAGUGGCUUAACGCGCUCAUUGAGUACAAUGACCACCACCCUCAGUGGGAACCUUCACAACAAGUCUUCCGCUGCGAAUGCCAUUAGCCGUACAUUAGAGGCCGCUUCACGAACGGUUGACGCUAUGCAGCCAUUCCUAGCACGUCAUUGGGUCUUUGACCACGCCAAUAUCCGGACUCUUGAGCAAAAAACGAACAGUGACACACACUUCAACCUAAGAAGCUUCCGACAUAUGGAUUGGCACACUUACAUGGUGAAUUUUGCUUAUGGUAUUCAUUCUUAUGUUAUGCCCAAUCCGCCUUUGAGCCUGAGAAAUAUAACAGUGCCAGAGGGAUGGGCGUGUGCUCUUUAUUUGCAUCCAGGAGCCGCACAGCACUCGAUCAUAGAUCAACAAAUUGAAUCUGUUGUCUUUAGUGCAAGUGAUAUUCGUAAGAGAACGGAAAGGAUGGUGAUCGGAUUAAUAGCGUCCCUAGAAAAUGCUGGGUACAGUGCUUUGAAAAAUAAGAAAAGAAUGGAGCAAUGGAUCGAUGAUUUUGAUGCCAGUUUGGAUGACUGGUGUCACGAUGAUGCCAACCUAUUGAAGAACAUGGAUGAUAUGAAUCAUCUAGGGCAUUGGUUGAACACAUCCUCAUCGUUAUCAACGGAUACUUCCUAUGAAGAACAUAUCCGUAUCGAGGUGCUGAAUGACAUAAGAGUUGGGCAAAGCGUUAAACAAAUUGUUGAAAGUUCAGGAGUCCCACAGCAUGUGGUCGUUGGGGAGGCACUUAAAAUUUUUCAGCGCAUGAAGGAGCGAACACGAUUGCCUUAUGUUUGGUCAGCAGGCGCUUUUUUAAAUGUUCUGUUUAAGCGACUUUUUACUACCUUACGUAUCAGUCGAGUAGAUAUUGCGCGCUUGAAGGAACAUAUCCGAGGGAAAAAUGUAGUUUAUGUUCCUGCAUCGAAAACCAUCAUCGAUCAGUUGAUCAUUUGGUAUAUAUGCUUACGCUAUAAGCUGCCAGUACCGGCUAUUGUAUGCGAUGAAGCAUUGGCAUUGCUGGGUCCGAUUUCUGAUAUACUACGUAUCGCUGGAACGCUCUUUGUGCGUCGCGAUGUGCAAGCACGCUCUCCGCUUAAUACUGCUGUAGCAGCUGCUUAUAUCAACGUUCUAUUAAAGAAACACAGCGCCUUAUCCAUUACUAUCGAAAGAGCGCGUUCUCGAACAGGUAGAAUUCAACCUGCGUACCAUGACGGAGUGUUGAAUAUGAUUAUAGAAGCUACUCAUAGCUGCUGUCAACAGUAUCUGCCCAAGGACGAUGCAGCCCGCAACAUAACAAACACUUACUCAGAGAGUCAUGUUGAUAAAGAUACAGUAUUAGUACCUGUCAAUAUUAUUCAUGAAAAAAUUCCAGAAUUGAAGACAAUAGUAGAUCAAAUCCUUGAUCAGAAACCACCUAAUAUAACCCCAGAAGCAGUCAAUCACCCAUCUGUUGAUAAUGCUUCUCCAUUCAAAAACGCUUCCACGGAAAGUGGCCAGUAUGGUCGCGUCUUUGUCGGAUUUGGCGACGUCAUCGACAUUAGACAAUCAUUAGAAAGAAGAACAAUACGUGAAGAAAAUGAUAACAAAAGACUUAGUACAAUUCCUGUGAAGAAUGAAAAUGCUCUCGCUGAUAUACUAGUACAUAAAAUACAACGCAGCCAGCAUAACGCCAUGAUCAUCAGUCCCGUAACGCUUGUUGCGGCUACCCUGCUUUUUGGGCGCCUUUCAAAUGGUAUUACCUUUGGAAAGCUCUAUCAUCUUGUUUCCUGGCUUCAUCAAGAACUACUCGAAAAGCAAGUGCCAGUGGAUUGGCAACACGAUGAAGACGUAGUCACAGUUGUUUCUUAUGCUUUCAAGCUAUUAGACGCUCAAGAACAUGUUAUUAUUGAUGAUAAGCGUAUCACUGAUUAUACUGUGAUUCGAUUGGUUGAGCAUGCGGAUAAUAUUAUGAAAUUAUCAUACAUGUCAGGCCCAUUGAUUCAAUUAUUUCUUCCAGAAGCAAUCUUUUCAGUGGUCUAUCUUUCUGAUCGUGGUAGGAUAACAAAAGCUGACCUAUUAGCUCAGUUCACUUUCUUGGUUCGACUCCUCAGACAUGAAUUUAUUUAUCCUUGGAGCAGAAAAGAGACAUUUGACUUCUUGUUGGAAUCGUUCGUUGAAAGGCGUUUAUUUGAAGUAGACGACGAUGGACAGUAUCAGAGAUCGAUUACCAUGGAAAAUAAUGAAACGGAAUAUACCCAGAUCUGGUUACUGGCGUCACUUAUUUAUCCCACGUUGGAUGCUUACUGGAUCACCUCUUGCUCUUUAUCGGCUUUACGUGACUUACCAUUUAUGCCUCGCAAAACAGUACCUGUUCUCUCCCAGUGGAUUGCAGCGCAUUUGAUCGCAGGACGGAGAACCAUUUACCGCGAAGUGUUGUCCAUAGAAGCGAGCCAGAAUGCCAUCGACAAUUUUUUAGCCCUUGGAUUCAUAGAUGCAGUUCAUCCUAAAACAAAGCUUUCACCAGAUGCGCAAAUCCUCUUACUCGAAUUGGGUAUCACCACAAAUGAUGACUUGGUGAUGGUAUCGAGCAGAGAUAAGGACAAAGACGAGAGCAAUCACUCUAGUUUUACAGAGCAACUGAAAGAUGAUUUAGAUCUGCAAAAUAUCCUGACGGAACUGAACGAUAUUGCUUCUUUAUGCCACAAAACCGAACAGUAUAGAUAUACGGCUGAUCAUAGUGGGUUGCCGCACCAUAACAAUGCUCAAGUGUUCGAGAAAUGCCAAAAUCAAAUUCGCUCUAUUUUGAGAGCUGACGAAACCUAUGCUUCUCAACGUGGAAUGAAAUUAAAUAAUGAAGAGGAACAAAUGAUUCAACUGGUUUACUCUCUCAAAACAGCAUCUGAGAUGCUUUCUAAAAGCAGACUGGAUAAACGUUUCCGGAGAGUGUCUCAGGCCUAUAAUUUACAGAAUUGA